ACAGCACAAAAUUUUUUAAUUUGGCGCUAUUUUUCCAUAUUUUAUGCUUGAUUCAGAUAAAAUAUUUUGCGAUUAAAUUUUGCCAUUAUUUAUGAAAUUUUGAGAUUUCAGAAUAUACUUUCCAUGCCUCCCUUAUUAAUCUCCGAUAAAAUGCCUAAUAUAAAAACUAUUACUAAAACUGCUCGUGUGUUGACCAAAAGACCAUUCAAAGUUUCUGUUGAAGGCAAUAUAGGUUCGGGAAAAUCGACGUGUAUUAAUUUUUUUAAUAAAUUUCGCAAUGUAGAAAAACACGCGGAGCCCCUUCAUGAAUGGCGCAAUGUUAGUGGUCACAACCUUCUUGGUAUGGUGUACAGUGAUAUACACAAGUGGACAUAUCCAUUCCAGCAUUAUGUACACCUUUCUCGAUUAAAAAUCCAAACAAGCCCACCGUCUAAUCCUGAUAUUACUGUUAAAAUGUUUGAAAGAUCAGUACAAAACAGCAGGUUUUGUUUUGUGGAAAAUGCAAGAAAACAGAAAUUCUUGGAGGACCCCCAGUUUCACGUUCUAAACAGCUGGUAUGAAUUUAUGGAGAAAAACUUGGACAUCAAUUUAGACCUUAUAGUAUAUUUAAAAACUUCCCCGCAAGUAGUUUGGGAGCGUAUGAUGAAACGCGGCCGAGCUGAAGAGUCAGAAGUACCUUUAGAAUACUUACAGCAGGUCCAUGAAUCCUAUGAAAACUGGAUUAGUUCACCAAAUAUUGGUUGUGAAGUGCUAACAAUUGAUGCAGACAGAAACCUAGAUCUAGUAAAAGAAGAUUUAGAGAGGUAUACAUACAAGAUAUUAGGUGGAAAUCAUACUAAUUAAUGAGGCUGAUUCUCAACUAGCAAAACCUUAUUUCUGUAUAAUUUCUAUUAUAAUUGACAUGUUAUUUUAAUGCCUUUAUAAAAUAAGUACCUGUAUAUAUGCUUCACCUGUGCCAAUUAUGUGGAAAUUAAAAAUAUAUAUAUAUAGUUAGACAAAAAUAUUAAUAUGUAUAAUAAUUGAUGAUAUACUCACCACAUUCAUAUGAGAUAAUCAAAGAGCAUUUUUCAUCUUCUGCCUUAGUUCAAUUUGUGAAAGCUUUUUAUAAAACUACUAAACGAAAUUUAUAAAGACAUUUAGUAAUUUAUUUAUUUUUAUUUUUUUGAAUCGCACAUAAUGUUAUCGCUAAAUAAAAGAUUACAUUAUUAUAGCAAUUUGAAUAUUAAAAAAAGUAGCAGGAUUUAAUUUAUUGUACCAUGUCAUAUGACGCAAGUUUUGCUUAAUUUCUGUUUUGCUAAUAUCCUUCCAAAAGCUUAACAAUUGAUGUUUGAUACCUUAUUACAUCAAUUAGCACCAUGAUCAGGGAAUAUUACUUUAAUUAUUGUACAAUGACACCAAAUGUUAUUUUUAGAUUAUUAAAAUCAGAGUCUACUUAUUAUAAUAUAUACUUGUAUAAACAAAGACUAUUUUGCUACUGUAGCACAAUAUAUAAUUUCUGACAGGUUUUUAAAUGUUAUAGAUAAUAGAAAUACAAUAUUUAAACGGAUUUUAUUAAGUUUUAUGUGAUUAUUUAACCCUACUGUUUCUCAUUUGAAGUUACUGGAAAUAAUGCAUACUAUACAGCUAAAACAUUUAAUUAAUGAAAUAAAAUAUUAAAUAAAUUGAGAUGAUAA